AUGAAGUUCACUUAUGUUCUCCUCGCUGGCCCAGCUCUUGUUGCUGGAAGAUAUCUCAGUGACGAGGUUACCUCUGGAACUUCAACUCACUACGGCGGCAAUGUCUCUGGGGGCACCUGUGGUUUUGUUUCCUACACAAUUCCUUCUGGUAUUUAUGGCACUGCUUUCUCUGGCCCCAACUGGGACAAUGCUGGAGUUUGUGGCAGCUGUAUUGAAGUCACCGGCCCAACCGGCAAGAAGAUCAAGGCCAUGAUCGUCGAUAAGUGCAACGAGUGCAACAAGGGUCACUUGGAUCUCUUUGAAAAUGCAUUUACUGCUGUUGGCGGUACGGACGGCCUUGUUCAGACCAGCUGGAGAUUGAUUUCUUGUGAUAUCACUACUCCACUGGUCCUUCGUAACAAAGAAGGCACCAGCGCCUGGUGGUUCAGCAUGCAAGUCCGCAACAGCAACCUCCCCGUCAAGAGCCUCGAAGUCAGCACCAACAGCGGAAAGACCUGGAUCGGAACGACUCGACGUGACUACAACUUCUUUGAGAACCCCAGUGGUUUCCAGGUCGAUACCGUCGAUGUCAGAAUCACCAGCUCCACCGGCAGCAUCAUCAUCGUCAAGAACGUCGGGGCCACGCCUUCGACUGAAUACCCUGCCAGCGGCAACUUUGCUUAAGAUAACGGAGUUGUUUCCCUGUUUUGGGGAGAACAGUUGGCAGUGGAGGGCUGGUGGAACGCUGCUAGGAAGAUGAUUUGAUGAAGGAAAUAUUGGGGGCCGUUCUUGGAAGAUUGUACAUAUUUAGGUUCUUCGUAAAUAUCGCUCUUUUCGUCGAUGGCACCAUGAG